GAAACCGGCCGGGUUCAGCUAGGUUAGCAGGAGCAAGUGUCUUAAUCCACAUAACGCCCAAAAUGUCUCACCCAACACCGUCUGCCAAGCCUUCAAACCCUGAAAACCCCCGCGUGUUCUUCGACGUAGACAUUGGAGGAGAAAGAGCGGGCCGAAUAGUGUUGGAGCUUUUUGCUGACAUCACCCCCAAGACUGCGGAAAACUUCCGGGCACUCUGCACAGGAGAGAAAGGAACAGGCAAAUCAACCGGGAAACCGUUGCACUUUAAAGGAUGCCCAUUCCACCGAAUUAUCAAAAAGUUCAUGAUUCAAGGAGGUGACUUCUCCAACCAAAAUGGCACUGGUGGUGAGAGUAUCUAUGGGGAGAAGUUUGAAGAUGAAAACUUCCAUUACAAGCAUGACAAAGUAGGCCUUCUCAGCAUGGCUAACGCUGGACCCAACACCAAUGGCUCCCAGUUCUUCAUCACCACUGUCCCCACACCACACUUGGAUGGAAAGCACGUCGUCUUUGGGCAUGUGCUAAAAGGAAUGGGAGUCGUAAAAAUGCUGGAGGCCAUUGAAACCAAGGAUGAUAAUCCAGUGAAGCCUUGUAUCAUCGCAGACUGUGGUGAGCAUAAAGACGGGGACAGCUGGGGUGUCACCCAGAACGACAGCUCAGGGGACAUCCACCCAGACUUCCCCGAGGACUCUGACAUUGACUUCAAAGAUGUUGAUAAAGUCCUGUCUGUGGCUGAGGAUGUGAAGAAUAUUGGAAACAGCCUUUUUAAAAAUCAAGACUGGAACGGUGCCAUCAACAAGUAUAGCAAAGCCCUCAGGUACUUGGAGGUGAGUGGAGAGGUGCUGGAAGAGGAGGCUCAGCUGAAGUUGGAGCCCAUAGCUCUCAGCUGCUUCCUUAACUCAGCGGCGUGUAAGCUGAAGAUGCAGCUGUGGCAGGAUGCUGUGGACAGCUGCAAUGAGGCUUUAGAGCUGGACCAAGGAAACACCAAGGCACUUUUCCGCAGAGCUCAGGCCUGGCAGGGGUUAAAGGAAUACAGCAAAGCCAUGACUGAUCUGAAAAAAGCUCAGGGAAUAGCUCCAGAAGACAAAGCUAUCAUCAAUGAAAUGAAGAGGGUGCAGCUCAAAGUCCAGGAGGAGAAGGAGAGAGAAAAGAAAAUCUAUGCCAAAAUGUUUGCUUGAAUAAUUCAUCUCACAAUGCCAUGAUUUCUCGUGGAACAGUUCUGAAUUUCUGGAGUCAUCUCAACAUGGGAAGCUGCUCUAAGACAAGAGUGUGGAACCAGGUGACAUGAUUCUCACCAUCUGUAUUGCAAGGGAAUAAGUGUUGUAAAGCUUGGACCUGUCUAAAUUCUGACAAGUAUAUUCACUGUAAUGAAAGCCUGAGAUAUAGUGUGAUGCAUCGCUCUUAAGAAAGGGGGCUAACAAUCGUCUCUAGAUGUUGGUCGCUGGUUUUGAAGUAGUUCAGAAAAGAAAAGUUGUGUAUGUCUUAUUGUUUCAUUUAAAAGAAUUUUGAUACAGCACCCUGGAAAAAUCUUGUCCUUAUUUAUGUUUUUCACUGAAGUGAAUAAAACAAGACACAAUAACA